GACGGAACAGACGAACAGGUGUGUGACUCCACCGGACGGGUUCAGGCUGCACCACCUUGCUGAGGUCAGAGGUCAGACCGUCGAUGACGUCGCUCCAGUUUUUUUCAAUUACGGGUGCUGAUGAGGUCCAAUGUCAGAGUGCGCGCUGCCGAACACGCGGAUUCCCUUAUUUGGCGUUGGCGUUGAAAAAACAAUGACGCAACGCGCGACUCCGACCAAUGACACGCCGAAGGUGCGGCCACCAUUCAAAUGAGUCUGUCCUUAUAUGGUCGAGUCCCCGCCCCCCGCUGGUCCCGGGCCGGUCCCCCGGGAGCCGCCGGGCCCCGGACCCCGGGAGAAGGAGCUCUCCGCCGGGACAGAGGAGCCAUAAAGAGCCGGGGAGGGAGGGGAAGAGAUUUGCUCGCCGCCCAGCCCCCUGCUCCCCCUGCGGCUCUCCUGCUCCGCUCUGCCGGCUCCUCUGAGAUGCUCUGCCCGCUCCGCGCGCCUCUCUCCGCCCGCUGCUGACUCCACAGACCGGGAUCUGGAACAAGUCCGGAGAAGCCCACAGGGAACCGGGACUCUUCUCUGGACCAGGACCCGGUACUUUGGGGAAGCUCGGCCCGUGUCCCCCUCCUCCUCCUCCUCCUCCUCCUCCUCCUCCCCGCUUCUCUCCACCUUAAUCCAGGUGGUGCUUCGGUUGUGGACCGGCCGCUGCAGGAGGAUUACUCUUCUUCUUCUUCUUCUUCUUCUUCUUCUUCUGAAGACAAACGCUCCCAGGACACUUUGAUGUUCUCCAUCCAGGACAGCCUCCCCCGGGGGGCCCUGACCAUGAAGGAGGAGCCGCUCCCCACCGGCAUGACCCCGGUCCGCUCCUGGAUGCAGGGCGCGGGGAUUCUGGACGCCAACACGGCGGCACAGAGCGGCGUGGGUUUGGCCCGAGCUCACUUUGAGAAGCAGCCUCCGUCCAACCUGAGGAAGUCCAACUUCUUCCACUUCGUGUUGGCGCUGUACGACCGUCAGGGGCAGCCGGUCGAGAUCGAGAGGACGUCCUACGUCGACUUCGUGGAGAAAGACAAGGAAUACAACGGAGAGAAGACGAACAAUGGGAUCCACUACAGACUACAACUGCUCUACAGCAACGGCAUCAGGACAGAACAGGAUCUUUAUGUUCGGCUCAUCGACUCAAUGACCAAACAGGCAAUCCUGUACGAAGGUCAAGACAAGAACCCUGAGAUGUGUCGCGUCCUCCUCACCCACGAGAUCAUGUGCAGUCGAUGCUGCGAUAAGAAGAGCUGCGGGAACCGGAACGAGACGCCGUCCGACCCCGUCAUCAUCGACAGAUUCUUCCUGAAGUUCUUCCUCAAGUGUAACCAGAACUGUCUGAAAAAUGCAGGAAAUCCUCGAGACAUGAGGAGGUUUCAGGUGGUGGUCUCCACCACGGUGAACGUGGACGGUCACGUCUUGGCCGUGUCAGACAACAUGUUCGUCCACAACAACUCCAAACAUGGCCGCCGCGCCCGACGCCUCGACCCCUCCGAAGCAGCCACGCCCUGCAUCAAGGCCAUCAGUCCGAGCGAGGGCUGGACGACCGGCGGCGCCACCGUCAUCCUCAUCGGAGACAACUUCUUCGACGGCCUGCAGGUCGUGUUCGGCACCAUGCUGGUCUGGAGCGAGCUGAUCACGCCUCACGCCAUUCGGGUCCAGACUCCGCCUCGCCACAUCCCCGGGGUCGUGGAGGUCACGCUGUCCUACAAGUCCAAACAGUUCUGCAAAGGAGCGCCGGGUCGCUUCGUCUACACCGCCCUGAACGAGCCGACCAUCGACUACGGCUUCCAGAGGUUACAGAAGGUCAUCCCUCGCCACCCCGGGGACCCCGAGAGGUUACCUAAGGAGGUUCUGUUGAAGCGAGCAGCCGACCUGGUGGAGGCUCUGUACGGGAUGCCCCACAACAACCAGGAGAUCAUCCUGAAGCGAGCGGCCGACCUCACCGAGGCGCUCUACAGCGUCCCCCGCAGUCACAACCAGCUGCCGUCUCUCACCGGCUCCGCCGCUCACUCAGGGAUGAUGGGCGUCAACUCGUUCAGCAGUCAGCUCGCCGUCAACAUCUCCGAGGCCUCGCAGGCCGACCAGGGUUACUCCCGUAACUCCAGCAGCGUGUCCCCUCGUGGUUACGUGCCGAGCUCCACGCCGCAGCAGUCCAACUACAACACCAUCACCUCCACAAUGAACGGCUACGGAGCCGGGAUGACCAACCUGGUCCCCGGGUCCCCGAGCUUCCUCAACGGCUCGGCCAACUCCGCUUACGCAAUCAAACAGAAGAGCGCCUUCGCCCCUGUUGUGCGGCCUCAGACCUCCCCGCCCCCCACCUGCACCACCAAUGGCAGCAACCUCCAGGCCAUGGCCGGUCUCAUCGUCCCGCCAAUGUGAGGACGACCACCCAGCCAGGUUACCCCCCCCCCCCCCCCCCCCCCCCGCCAUGGCCCCGCCCACCUGACACACCACUGCAACAUCAGCCAAAAACACAUCCAAUCCUGCCCCAGUCGCCCGACCUCGUCUGAACCGGGAUCGACCACAGGAGCCAAACUUCUUCUAUGGGGUCUUCUCACACCUCUGAGGGGGCGGGGCGAGGGGCGGGGUCUCUGCUGUACCUCGUGGUGUGUGAGUGACAGAACAAGUUAGUUUGACUUCAGAAGUCUAUGGAGACCAAACAGGUCUCAGAUCAGUUAGAACCACUGUGAGAGGGAGGGGGCGUGUCCACCAGGAGGGGGCGUGUCCAUAUCAGAACCUGUCAGACAAAUUUAAAGGAUCAUUCCAUGUUUUUUUAUGUGAAUCAUUUAAUGUAAAUGAGUUUUAACUUCACGUCUGAAUCUAUUAGUAUCACAGUGCACAGACCAGAAGCUGAGACCAGAACCUGAGACCAGAACCUGGUCUGACCUGAUUCUCAGUCUGGAACCAGACAUGAGACAUGAAACUAAAUUUCUUUCACUUGAAAAUAGAAACACUGAACGUGUUCGAGUCUCGUCCGAUGAAUCUGUUGUCACUUCAAAAACAAUAAUGAUGAAUAUGAACGUUAACGUCUGUUGAUGACAUCAGAACCAGCCCAGCGGCUUGAUGGGUCAAUAAUGUUCCUUUAACUGGACCAUGUAAAGAAGAAACCGCAGGAUGUGAUUGGUCCUGGUUCUGGUUCUGGUUCUGGUCCUGGUCCUGGUUCUGUUCCUGGUUCUGAUCCUGGUCCUGGUUCUGGUUCUGGUUCUGGUUCUAGUCCUGGUUCUGGCCCUGG